AUGGCUGCAGCCCAGCUGAGCAGCUGCCGGGUGGCCACCUUGGUUGGCAGCAGGCGGCAUGGCCCUUACCGGGCGGCCAGGCAGCAGCGGCAGCACAUAGUGGCGGCGGUGCACGGCACGCCCGCGGCGGCCGACGUGGGCGACCUCCAGCGCUUCCAGCAGCUCUGGACGCCCCCCGCGGCGCAGCUGGUGGAUGUGCAGGCGCGCGGCGGCGCCCCCGCGGCCGCAGCCUCCGCCUACGACGACCACAAGCCGCGCACGCCGCCCCCGGACCUGCCCUCCCUCCUCCUCGACUCGCGCAUCGUCUACCUGGGCAUGCCGCUGGUGCCGGCCGUGACGGAGCUGAUCAUAGCAGAGAUGCUGUACCUGCAGUACAAGGACCGCACCAAGCCCAUGUACCUGUACAUCAACUCCACAGGCACCACCCGCGCCGACGGCGAGACGGUGGGCUUCGAGACUGAGGGAACCGCCAUCUACGACACCAUGUGCUUCGUCAAGAACGAGGUGCACACUGUGGGCGUGGGGGUGGCCAUCGGCCAGUCGUGCAUGCUGCUGUCGGCCGGGGAGAAGGGCAAGCGGUUCAUGCUGGAGCACGCCACCGCCAUGCUGCACCAGCCGCGCGUGCCGCCCACGGGGCAGCGCCAGGCGAUCGAGAUCCAGAUCAAGUGGCGCGAGGUGCUGGCGCAGAAGCAGAACAUGCUGGCCAUCCUGUCCCGCACCACCGGCCACAGCCCGGACAAGCUGGACAAGGCGAGUGCGGCCGGUGGUGGCUGGUGGCCUGGCCUGGCCCUUGGCGCUGGCGACAUGCAGCGGCCGCUGUAUAUGCAGCCCGCCGAUGCGCUCGCAUAUGGCGUGAUCGACGGCGUGGUGACCCCUGAGAAGAAGAUCAUCGAUGAUGUGAAGAGCGCAGACCAGUGGGACAAGGAGGCGGGCCUGGUGGCGCGGUGA